AAAGUAACGCAUAAUGUCCGAAUUUACGUAAUAUUUGCGGCCACCGGCCACGUUUCAGGCUCUAACUCAAUUUACACCACUUUCAUUCCACACUCCUAGGUAACUUAUAAAGUGUUAAAAUUUCACUUCCUCUCAGUUUACAUUUUAGUUCCAACCAAAUAAGUUAUACCAAAGUAUUAAAAUGUGGAGAUAUUUAUGUUUUUGUGUCAUUUUUUGUGCAGCGAUUGAAAUUAAUUGUUGGAGCGGUGACUCAGAUGGACACAGAAGCUCUGAGUAUGCAAGAAAUAAACGAGCGAAAUAUUACUCUAUCCCGUCUUACAAACACUAUAGCCGACCGACUUAUAGUUAUUCCAAUAGAAGCCCGUUUACCUAUUCAUAUGGUCACAUUUCAAAUGAUAUAGGACUGGCGUCAAAACCAAAGCCGUAUAAGGUUAGUAAAAGUCCAUUUAACGAAGGUUUGGGAGAUGAUGACUUCAAUAAUCUACUUAAAUAUCUAUCUCAUAAGGAUUUGGAUAAAAUUGUUGAAUUCGCCGCUGAAAAGGAAAGGAAUUCAGAUAAAUACAGAGAUACAGAUAAUUAUGAAAAUAGCGGCCAAUUUGAUAGUGAUGAAUUUAGAAAUAUUGAUUACGAAGAAGACAGUCCUUAUUCUCACGAUCCCAAUAUACCGUUUAAUUUUAAAUAUAAAAAUGUUGAACAUAAGCCCAGUACAAGUUAUCCACAAAUGCAAACCAUUAUGUAUACUCAAAUACCUACAGGCGACGAAGGAAGUGAACUUUUUAUGAACGAUAGAAAUUAUAUAUUCACUGAUAGUAAUACAAUGGCAGAAGAAGAAUUACCAAAGCCACUAAAUCUAAGAGAAGACGAUUAUGAUAUAUCAUCUACGAAUAAUGUGCGUUCAUUUGCAAAGCCAGAAACUUCGUACAUAUUAGAAAACUUUGCUGAUCUACCUCUGAUGGAUUAUGAACACUCUAAAUUGGAAAGAGUUAAUUCAUACAGCGUGCCACAUUAUUCUGUUAUAUCUUCAAGCAAUCACCGACCACGAUUCCCAUCACCAGCGCCACAACCAUCACAAACACCAUCAUCAUCACUCUCAUCAUCAAUACUGUCACUUAUAAACGCCCCGGAAGUGGAACCUGCUCCCCCAGCCUCUACCGCCAAGGAACAAAGUGAUGCUCAUCUCAAAGCCAUAAAAAUUUGGACUCACAAAUCUAAAGGAACGGCAUACACGUUGCAUGACGAUGGAACAUUGUCUCUUGAACAACCAUCCAACAGGCCUAGAUAUAAGUUUCCUUAGGAUAAUUUAUUUUACGGUAAAGUAAUUUAUGGGUGUUAAUUUUUAUAAGUAGGUAUUUCAAGAAAUAGUGUACACGAGACUAAUUAUAUUGUAAUUUAUUUAUAUUAAUAUCUAGCUUAAGAUGUAGGUAUAAUUCGUUCUAUGUCGGAUUUUGUAA